CUUUCUCUCUCUAAACUGACGGCCCUUGAAAAGAUUCCCCUCUCUCUCUAUCUCUCUCUCUACACUGAAAAUUACUUGGCAUAAAAACAAAGGAAUAUACCUUCUAGAGAGAGAGAAAGGGAGAGAAUUACAGUUUGUGGAAUUUCUUGGCUGAAGCGGAAUCGAUUUUCAGUGGAUUGGUUUUAUUGUUGUUAUGGAAAUUGUAAGUAUGGAGUUGUGAACUUGGGAGCUUCUCAGGAACUGGAACUUGAAAAAUCUAUAGCGGUACAAGGGGUUGGGUUUUGGUGAAUUUCUUAAGGGGACGUGAAGCUAGAUUUUGGAUAUUGAAUACAUUUCUUCAAGCCUUUUUUUAGAAUUCGUGGCUAAUCGAAAUUGGUUGUGGUUUUGGGAUGCUGAAUUACGACAUUUGGAUUCUUGAUUGGUAGCAAAUGAAGAUGGAGUUUGCGCAAUUGCCUAGUUGAUUUGUUGGCCAUUGAAGAGGUAGCUUUAAGGGAAAUUUAUUGAAAAUAUAUGGCAACGUCGAGUGAGAGAUGGAUCGAUAGACUUCAAUUGUCCUCCUUGUUUUGGCCUCCCCCAGAUGAUGAUCAGCAAAGAAAGAACCAUUAUUCUGAACAAUGGGCCCUUGCAUGUGGGGAGAUACUCCGGAUCUUGACUCAUUACAAUCGUCCAAUAUACAAGAUGGAACAAAAGAAUGGUGAAACAGAAAGAAGCAAUAGUGGCUGCGUUGCUACGACGCGUGACACCAAUGAUGGGGAAUUUGUUCAAGUGCCUCUGCAACACGAGAGGAAACCUAUAAGACCUUUGUCCCCAUGGAUUACUGACAUAUUGCUUGCUGCACCAUUGGGCAUCAGAAGCGACUAUUUCCGCUGGUGCAGUGGUGUUAUGGGUAAAUAUGCUGCUGGAGAGCUCAGGCCACCCACAUCAGCUUCUUCUCGUGGAUCUGGAAAACACCCUCAGCUUAUACCAUCAACUCCAAGAUGGGCGGUUGCAAAUGGUGCUGGAGUCAUAUUGAGUGUUUGUGAUGAAGAAGUUGCUCGGUAUGAGACUGCAACUCUAACAGCAGCUGCUGUUCCUGCACUUCUUCUUCCUCCCCCUACAACAGCUUUAGAUGAACAUUUAGUUGCUGGGCUACCAGCUCUUGAGCCAUAUGCACGCUUAUUUCAUAGAUAUUAUGCCAUUGCUACUCCCAGUGCUACCCAAAGGCUUCUUCUUGGACUCUUAGAAGCACCUCCAUCUUGGGCUCCAGAUGCACUUGAUGCAGCUGUACAGCUUGUAGAGCUUCUUCGAGCUGCUGAAGAGUAUGCAACUGGCAUUAGGCUUCCUAGAAACUGGAUGCAUUUACAUUUCUUGCGUGCCAUUGGCACUGCAAUGUCCAUGAGAGCUGGUAUUGCUGCUGAUGCUGCAGCAGCCUUGCUUUUCCGCGUACUGUCCCAACCCGCGUUGCUUUUUCCGCCACUACGACAAGUUGAGGGAAGUGAUGUUCAAUAUGAAUCUUUGGGUGGCUAUGAAUCAUCAUACAGGGAACAGAUCGAAGUGCCUGCAGCGGAAGCUACAACUGAAGCUACUGCUCAAGGAAUUGCAUCGAUGCUUUGUGCACAUGGCCCUGAAGUUGAAUGGAGAAUUUGUACCAUCUGGGAAGCUGCUUAUGGCUUGAUUCCGUUAAGUUCCGAUGUAGUUGACCUCCCUGAAAUCAUAGUUGCAACGCCAUUGCAACCUCCCAUAUUAUCAUGGAAUUUAUACAUUCCUCUCCUUAAGGUUCUUGAAUAUCUUCCACGAGGUAGCCCAUCCGAAGCAUGUCUGAUGAAGAUAUUUGUUGCUACUGUUGAAUCAGUUCUUCAAAGAACAUUUCCGUCCGAGUCUCCCAAAGAACAAACUAGAAAAACAAGAUACUUUUCCAGCUUUGGUUCUGCUUCUAAAAAUCUAGCUGUCACAGAGCUUCGAACCAUGGUCCACUCGCUCUUCUUAGAAUCAUGUGCUUCUGUGGAGCUCGCUUCACGCCUACUUUUUGUCGUAUUGACUGUUUGUGUUAGUCAUGAAGCUCAAUCCAAUGGAAGCAAGAAAUUCAGACGUGAACAAAGUAUUGAUGAAAGGAUUGAGGACUUGCAAGCGGUACCCGAGAACCAUACAGGAAUAAGAAGGAGAAAGACUAAAAAGCAAGGUCCUGUUUCUGCAUUCGAUUCUUACGUCCUGGCUGCUGUUUGUGCUCUUGCUUGUGAGCUCCAGUUAUUUCCCUUUGCUGCUAGGGGAAGUGAUCAUUUAAACACUACAAAUUUACAGGAUGUAAUAAAACUGGUCAAAGUAAACGGCACUUCAACCGAGCUUCAGAAUAGCGUUAGCUCAGCAGUAUGCCACACACAUCGAAUUUUGGCCAUCUUAGAAGCACUUUUUUCUUUAAAGCCAUCUUCUGUGGGAACUUCAUGGAGUUAUAGUUCAAACGAGAUAGUUGCUGCAGCCAUGGUUGCAGCUCAUGUUUCAGAACUCUUUAGACGAUCAAAGGCUUGCAUGCACGCUCUCUCUAUCCUGAUGCGAUGCAAGUGGGACGACGAGAUUUACACCAGGGCAUCAUCAUUGUACAAUCUGAUAGAUAUACACAGCAAAGCAGUUGCUUCCAUUGUUAACAAAGCUGAACCUUUAGAAGCAAAUUUAAUACAAGUACCGAAAUGGAAGAAAUCUCUCGUUGGUUUAAACGGAAAAAAACAAAUUCAAUGUGAAGACAGUACCUGCUUUCAUCCUGGACAAUCUGUUCAAAAGUGUGAUAAUUCGACCCGUUCGGAAACUAAACUUGUGUUCGAGAGAACAUCAAAUUCAAAUGAAGAGUUGGGAAAUACUUUAGGGAAAGGUUUAGCAAGCUUCUCGAUUGAUGCUUCUGAUUUAGCUAACUUACUCACUAUGGAGAGGCAGAUAGGAUUCAACUGUUGUGCACAAGUUCUCUUAAGAUCAGUGCUUGCUGAGAAACAAGAAUUAUGUUUCUCUGUUAUUUCUCUACUGUGGCACAAGUUGAUUACAGCUCCUGAAACUCAACCGAGCGUGGAGAGCACUUCAGCCCAGCAAGGAUGGAGACAGGUAGUUGAUGCAUUAUGCAACGUGGUAUCAGCUUCCCCAGCUAAAGCAGCUACAGCAAUUGUCCUUCAGGCGGAGAGGCAGUUGCAACCUUGGAUUGCAAAAGAUGAUGAUCAAGGUCAGAAGAUGUGGAGAAUCAACCAGCGGAUCAUCAAACUCAUAGUUGAGCUAAUGAGAAAUCACGAUACUCCAGAAUCGCUGGUCGUAUUGGCGAGUGCGUUAGAUCUACUGUUGCGUGCCACAGAUGGCAUGCUUGUAGAUGGUGAAGCCUGUACUUUGCCACAACUAGAGCUAUUGGAAGCGACUGCUAGAGCAGUUAAGCCUGUACUGGAGUGGGGAGAAUCUGGACUGUCAAUUGCUGAUGGCCUUUCCAAUCUCUUAAAGUGUCGUCUACCAGCUACUGUUCGAUGCCUUUCUCAUCCAAGUGCACAUGUCCGAGCCUUAAGCACAUCGGUUCUUCGUGAUAUCCUGCACACCAGCUCGAUAAAUUCUAGUUCAAAAUCGGGAAACAUAAAUGGCAUUUAUCCCUCUUAUCAGUAUUUCAGUUCAGGUUUCAUUGACUGGAAAACAGAUAUUGAGAAGUGCUUGGGAUGGGAAGUUCAUAAUCAACUUGCAACUGGACUAUCAACUCAGUCGCUUCAAGCUGCUGCCGAGGAAUUAGGCUGCUCUAUUCCCCUAUGACGUCGGUAUAAGCUUAGGUUGUUCGUUAUUGUAACAACGUUGAAGUAUACGAGUUUGCAGAGACGAUUUACGCUAUGUUUCUUAUCGGAUACCAUAGAUUAUUUUUAUCUGGUCCUGUUUACAUAUCCUCUCACCAAGAUGGUUGUGCAUAGUGAGACAGUUAGACAUCUUAUAAGGCCUUAUUGUGUGUUCAAUUAUUUUUAGGUGUUUGCUA